AAACAGAAGUCCGAACAUUUCAGAAGUGAAGUUUGGGCGAACCUUAACUCGUUUCUUCGCCGCUCACAUACGUUUGUCAACUACUGUGUUACCCCCUUUUGGCUCUUUUGGACUUUUAAGCACGCAGGCUUGGCUAUGGAGGUAGUCCGGGUUUUUUUGUGUGUCUUGUCCGUGUUUGUUGCUCUAGUCUCGGAUAGGUUUGUGGUACUAGCUUUCUUCUCUCAGUCUUUGGACAGCGACUUCACAUUCACUCUACCCGCUGGUCGCAAAGAGUGUUUCUACCAGACCAUGAAGAAAGAUGCCUCGCUGGAGAUUGAAUAUCAGGUAUUAGAUGGCGCAGGUCUCGAUGUAGAUUUCUUCAUCUCCUCUCCGUCUGGCCAAGUGCUGUUCAGUGACUACCACAAAUCAGAUGGAGUGCACACUAUCGAGACGGAAGAUGGAGACUACAUGUUCUGCUUUGACAACACGUUCAGUUCCGUCUCUGAGAAGCUCAUCUUCUUUGAGUUGAUCCUGGACAACAUGGAAACAGACGAAGACCCAGACGACUGGAAGGAGUACGUCCACGGAACAGACAUCCUGGACAUGAAGCUGGAAGACAUUAUGGACACCAUCAACAACGUGAAGGCUCGGCUCGGCAAAAGCCUGCAGAUCCAGACGGUGCUGCGGGCGUUCGAGGCUCGCGACCGAAACCUCCAGGAGAGUAACUAUGACAGGGUGAACUUUUGGUCGAUUGUAAAUGUCAUCGGUAUGAUGUUGAUAUCGGCGGUUCAGGUCUACCUAGUCCGCUCACUGUUUGAAGAUAAAAGGAAAAUUCGUACAUAACGCUGCUCCAAAUGGAGGGACAGAGGGAGAGAAACGCACUUGCCCUCAGAUACCUUUUUGGGAUUUGUUUUCAGCAGAUCUCCUGGCUUGUGACUUUUAACACAAGAUGUCAUCUAUACACAUACAUAUGCUCAAACACAGACAGACAUUUUGACAUUUCUUUAUAACAAAGUCACCUCGUUUCUUUCUCUGGUCCUCAGUCUCUUUGCUACAGAAAAAAAAAAAAGUUUAUCUCUCUUUAAAAUGUUUAUAUAGUUUUAUAGUCCUCCCUAGUGGCUGUAAUUCUUCGCAUAAAAGUGACAUAACAAGCAUGUUCAUGAUGUUACUAUUUUUCUAUCUGAGUGUAAAGUUACCAGGCCAUGGCCAAUUGCAAAAAUGUUGUCUCUUUUUUUUGGACAUGUUUUUAUUUGAGCUAAACUAGAUGAAGAAAUUACGAAGAAUUUGAUCUGAGUAAGAGUGGGAAGUGCAAUCAGUCAGUCAGCAAGUCUUUCCCCAUAGUAGUUACUUACAAAAAUAUACCCUUUGUCUGUUACUAAGACACCUAAAGACCUAGACACACAGAGCCGACGGCCAAACGUCGUCAGAAAAGGUUGUGCUGAUCAUUCUCCCCAAAUUGGUCCAAAAAGUGCCUUGGAACACACCAAAGGGACUAAUCUGUAUUGUCGCCCAAAAAAAAUGAA